AGCUCCAAGUUCACUGCCUGAAACUCCUGGACACCUGUUACCAUGUGGUUCCUGAUCCUGUUCCUUGCCCUGUCCCUAGGAGGGAUUGAUGCUGCACCUCCUGUCCAGUCUCGGGUUGUUGGAGGAUUUAACUGUGAGAAGAAUUCCCAACCCUGGCAGGUGGCUGUGUACUACCACAAAGAACACAUUUGCGGGGGUGUCCUGUUGGAUGCCAACUGGGUUCUCACGGCUGCCCACUGCUAUGUCGACGAGUAUGAGGUUUGGCUGGGCAAAAACAAGUUAUUCCAAGAGGAACCCUCUGCUCAGCACCGAAUGGUCAGCAAAAGCUUCCUUCACCCUGGCUUCAACAUGAGCCUCCUGACACUCCAAGAGAUACCUCCUGGGGCUGACUUCAGCAAUGACCUGAUGCUGCUCCGUCUCAGCAAGCCUGCGGACAUCACAGAUGCUGUGAAGCCCAUAAAUCUGCCCACAAAGGAACCCAAGCUGGGGAGCACAUGCCUAGCCUCAGGCUGGGGCAGCAUUACACCCACGAAAUUGCAAAAGCCAGAUGAUCUUCAGUGUGUGUUCAUCACACUCCUGCCCAAUGAGAACUGUGCCAAAGUCUACCUACAGAAAGUCACAGAUGUCAUGCUGUGUGCAGGAGAGAUGGGUGGAGGCAAAGACACAUGUGUGGGUGACUCUGGAGGCCCACUGAUUUGUGAUGGUGUUCUCCAAGGAACCACAUCAAAUGGCCCUGACCCAUGCGGUAAACCUGGUGUACCAGCCAUCUACACCAACCUUAUUAAGUUCAACUCCUGGAUAAAAGAUACUAUGCUGAAAAAUGCCUGAGUGUCACAUUGUCCCAUGUUCUCAAUAAAAUUCACCAUAAAGCAAA